GCAGUUAUUUGGCAGAAGACCAGGGUGUCAGAUCACAAAAUGGCCUGUAUGUCAGUUCUGGGAACAGCCGUUAUGGGCAGUAUGGUACCUUUUCAACACUGCUGUGAAGAUCCUGAGAUAAAUCUUUCUGGAUUUCUCCCAAAAGCUGAGUCAGACAGUUCUUUGACAAGCCUUUCAAGUUCAGAAAGGAGUUUCAUUUUUAUAAAUAAUCGUCCAGUUCAUCAGAAGGAAAUACUGAAGUUAAUUCGACAGUACUACAGCCUGGUGACGCACAAGGACUGUACUCGUUUAUAUCCUGUUUUCUUUUUGAAUAUUACUCUACCUGGCUCUGCUGUGGAUGUGAAUUUAACACCUGAUAAAACUCAAGUUUUACUGCAUUAUAAGGAAUCUGUCUUACUUGCUGUUGAAAACGUGUUGAAAACGCUGUAUGGGCCACUACCUGCUACAGUCCCUGGUGAAAGUAAUAAAACAGAUGUUACCUCAGAAGACAUGUUUGUUUAUAGAACAGAACAAACAGAUGUGGUUGUUAAUGAAAUGGGACCAUCUGGAAACAAUGAUCUACAUGCUCAUACUUCAUUCCUUUCAUUCAGCAGUGAUGUGCAAAACUGUCAAGCAGGAAAAAACACAGAGAUCUGCUUAAAUCAUCAGACAUUUUGUGGUGAUAAUGUACAUAGUUGCCUGGACAAAAAAGAGGUUUCUAAGAGUGAUGCCUGUCCAGACGGUUCCCUAAAUUUAUUGUGUGAGGAGGAACAGAAUGGACAGAAUAUGACCAAUGUUCAAAGUAACAGUGUUCCCAUGGACCCUAAGUCUAAAAAAGCCGAUGAGCAUCUUUUGAGUUCUGAUAAUAUUGAUGAAAUAGAAAAAAAUGAGGAAGCCUUAGUCCCUAAAGACUUACCUGAAAUCUCUGCUGAUAAUUGGAGUAUGGGAAGUGGAUUUAAAAACCAUCUAGGAGACAACCUGGAACCUGUUAAGAUUUUGAUUCCUGAAGUUGGAGGAACAAUUAAUAAGCAAAAUGAACAUACUGGUGAACAAAGCAAUGAUCUGCAAAUCUCAAAUCAAAACAUAAAGAAAAGAAAUGUGAUAAAUGAUAAAUUUGGACGUGUGACAGCUUAUGACUUAAUUAGUAAUAGAAUAAUAAGGAAACCGAAGUCUGCAAUUGGAUUUUUCACUCAAGAAUGUCGUCCAAAACUGAUAGCUGAUAAUCCAAGGACCAGCAUGGAGGGGAUCCUGCUGAAAGCGUGGAAGAAUUUGAGUGAAGAGGAAAAGAAGUAUUAUGAAAUAAAAGCUGCUAAAGACCAGGAACGGUACAACAGAGAGGUCAAGAAAGCCAUGGGACAGACAGCGCACCAACCAACGAAGGAGUCGGAAAGACAGAAACCCAAGCUGAAGACUUGCCCAUCCGACCAGCAGAAGCUUGACAAGAUAUUUCAUGUUCAGACUGACAAGAAGCGGAAACCUGAACAGCCUACAAAGAUUGUGACAGUGCCUUUUUCUCUGAGUUCCUGUAGACAUAAGCUUCAGAGACAUGAGAAAAAUUAUUCCGAUAAACACGAGCUUUUCCUGAUCCGUCGUCAGAGUUUUCCUGAUGUCUGGAUAUUUGCUACUGAAAAAAGGUUAAUGUUGCUGAAUCCAUAUAGAUUAGAAGAAGCCUUGCUACAUAAACGAUUACUGAUGAAUCAUAAGCUUCCAGCAGAGAAACUGGACAAGCCAGUUGUGUUAACGGACAGUCUUAUUGGUGGAUCUCAGUAUAUGGCUGCUCUUCAUAAAAUGCAGAAGGAUUACCAAAGUUUCAGUGGAUCAGGUUAUUUGUCAGAUCCAAGGCUUGUAGCAAAUGGAUUCCAGAUAAAAGUGAUAGAAGGUGCUUCAGCUACCGAAAGUCAUCUGGAAAUAGAAGGGGUGGCAAAUUGUCUGCAAUAUUAUGGUAUUUCUGAUUUGAAGGAAAUUCUGAAUGCAGUAGUUAAUGGAAAUGCAACGGAAGUCUAUGAAUGUAGGCCUCUCAAAGUAAUAAACUACUUGGAGGGAGAAGCAGUACGUUUAACUCGGCAGCUGCCCUUACAUUUGUCAAAAGAAGAUGUACAAAAUGCAAUUUACAGGAUGAAGCAACAGCUUGGAAAGGAAAAGAAAGGCUGUGUUCAUGGUCGUCCUUUUUUUCAUCACUUAACAGAUAUUCCAGAAGUUGACAAGCACAACUCCAUGGAAAUUAGUCAGUAAAUGGAACAUUUUCUUGCUUAAUUUUGAUCUUUACUCUGUAAUUUCAGUAUGUUUUGUACAAAGCUUUUGUAUAAUUGCUUUUCAUUAUCAUAUGUUCACCUCCUAGAGACUUUUAAAAUUUAAAUUCAAAUGCUACUUGAAAACUGGAAAUAAAUACGGUAGAGAAACAACAUGUCACUAUUUUUUUUAAAGAAUUUAUUAAAAGAAAUGUUC